AUGAGAAUUGAAGAGUUGCAAAGCAAUGUAGAAGCACAAGAGUUCUGUUUAAUUAAGAGAACCUCUGAGAUAGAGGUAGAGCAGACUCUGAAGGCGUAUUUUGGUAGGAAGAGUCAGAAGCCUUAUAGGUCAGAAGCUAAGAAAAGACACAUCGGUUCUCAGAAGUCAGAAGUGUCUAACUCUGAUGAGAAGAAACAUCAUAAGGGGAGGGAGAAGAUUGACAAGAAGAAAAUUCAAUGCUACUGCUUGGUAACAACACCCGAGGUAACUUCUGAAGAUGGUUUAGAAUAUGAAGAUUCUGAAGAUGAGUCAGAUUCAGAAGGAGACUCUAAAGAUGAGUCAGAUUCAGAAAAUGAUUUUGAUUCUGAAGGUGAGCCUGAUUCUAAUUUGGAAGGGGAAUCAGAGUCUGAAGGAGAGUUUGAAGGUAACUCUGAUAGAGAUUCUAGAACUGAUUCAGACUCUAGAGGUGGUCCAGAAUCUGGUGGUCAAGAUUACGGGGGUCAAACUUCUAGAAGUAAUCAUUCUUCUGGAAAUUGUCAUUCUUUUGAAGGUGGUAAUUCUGAAGGAAAUGUUUCUAGAGGAGGUCCAUCAGCUAAUAAUGUUCCAGAUUUUGUAUACUAUUAA